GAUGCUCAAUACAAAAUCUGAAUGGAAGAGGAAUUCUUUGUAGAUGAUCAGAUCCUUCAUAUUCUAUUUGUAUAUGAUAUUGCUGAUUGUAUCAAGCAGUGGAACAUUUUAUAAGAUUUAUAAUUAUGCAUACAGGAACAACUCAAUAAAGAAUACCUACUUCUUCACUCAGUGAUGUGUGGUUAGCUGAGAGUAAUCGACAGAGCUGGUCUAUCAGUACACAUAUCUUGGAUAUACACUAUGGAUGGAUAUUGAAUUGGGCCCACAGUUAAAUAAGAGGUGAAUAAGCUAAAUUAUGUUGGGGGAAAUAAUUUGUUAGGGAUUGGGAUUAAACUUGUGAUUUCAUUUAUAAUCUUUCUAAUAAAUUUCAUUUAUAAAUUCUCUUUCAAUUUCAACAUUUAAUGCAUGUUACUUUAGUCAAUAGGGAUUUAUUAAGUGUUCCACUUUGUGCCAGUUAUUGGGGAAUCUAAAAAGACAAAAAACAGUCCCUGACUUCAAAGAGUGUAAUGUGAGGGUUAUCAUGUUAAUAAUUAGGUAUAUACAAUAUAUAUACAAAACAGCCAAAAGAUAAUCUCUCCAGUUUAGUUUUAGUUGCAUAAAAUACUGAUAGCUUAAGUGACUUGACUAAGGUCACACAGUAACGUGCUAAAUGGAAUUAUAUAGUGCUUUUUCCAAUGACCCUCACCUCCCCACCAAAAACUUUAUUACAUUUUGUUUUUAAAUUACUUUCAUUUUAAAAUAUUUCCUUCACCUUUUCAGAACUAGAGAACCAUCCCUUGUACGAAAGAAUAAAAAAUAAAGGAGGAAAAACUGUUUAGCAAAACUGACUCAUAUCAAUUGAAUCUGACAGUGUAUUCAAAAUUAGUUUCCCACUUUUGCAAAGAAGAAAGUAAGAUACUUUUUUAUUUUGAAAGUAAGAUACUUUAUCUGUGACAUAUUUAAGAUGCCAUCUGGGAGAAGGGAUAGAGAGAGAGAGGGGAAAAGUCGGAACAGAAGUGAUUGCAAGGGAUAAUGUAAAAAAUCACCCAAGAAAGGCUCUGUCAAUAAAAAGUUAUAAUUUAAAAAAUAAAAAUAAAUUCAACAAGCUUUUAGCUAAAAAAAAAAUCAAUGUUUACCAAAAAUAAAAAACAAAAAGAAAGAAGAAAGUAAGAAAAAAGUAAGAUCACUUUUCAAAAAAUGUCUUCUUAAUAACUAAUUUAAGCAUUAUAAUGACUUGGUGUUUAGGGAUUCUGUUCAUUUACAAUGCUAUAGACAUCAUUUAUAUUGAUUUCUUGAUUCUGCUUACCUCAUUUUAUAUAAAUUCAUUUAAACUUUCCUAUUCUUUAGAUUUUUUAUAUUAAUCUUUUUUUAUUAUUCAGUAUUUUUCUAUUCAUGUACUACUUUUUGUUUAGCCAUUCCCCAAUUGAUGGACUUCUACUUUAUUUCCAGUUUUUUACCUAUUACAAAAAGUGUUGCUAGAAAUAGCUGUAUAAGAGACUUUUCUUAACUGCCUCUUUUGGAUAAAUCAUUUGCAUUUAGACCUGUAGAUUGAAGAGUAUGGACAUCUUGGUUUUAUUUAGCAUAUUUCCCAGUUGCUUUCCAAAAUAGGCUAAGUCAGGACUCUAACAACAGUGUAUCCGUGUGCCUGUCUUUCUACCACUUCUUCCAAUAUUGACUAUUUCUAUAAAAUAUAAACCUUCUGUUUCAAAAACCAGCUCCUUCCUAUCUUUACAGUCUUCUUAUAGCUUGUUUUGCCCUUUCUCCUCCAAGUAUAAUAAGUUAUACUUCUCUUUAGUUCCAGAGGGCAGAACUUGGAUCAGUAAGUGGGUAGAAUUCACAAAGAAGCCAAUUUCCUAAUUGUUAGAACUUUACACAAAUGAAAUAGACUGCCUUGAGAGGUAGUGGUUUUCAUAUAUUAUUGGAUACCUUCAAGCAAAUGCUUGAAGCCAUGAUUACCUGUCAUAGAGAUUUUAUAGUUGUAAUUAUUUUUAAGUUAUGGAUUAGACUAGAGGGCCAAGAAUGUCUCUCCCAACUCUGAAGCUCUGUGAUCCUAUAAAUAAUAGCUCACAUAUAGUGCUUUAAAGUUUGCAAAUAUUAUGUCGUUUGAGCCAAAUAUCAAUUCUGUGAAAUAUAUCCUUCAGCUCUUAUUUCCAUUUUAUAGAAAACCGAGUUUUAGAGAAAUGACUGAACCAUAGUUACAUAGCCAGUAAAAGAGAGUUUAGUUUAAAUCCAAGUCUUUGGCAAUUCACUUUGCCUUUGGUUUUAGUUCUUCAAUCUGUAAAAUGAGGGAAUUAUUCUAAAAUAUAAAAUAUUCUCAGGUCUCUUUCUAAAUUUUAUGAGUUCCAUGACGGGAGAACAGAUGGUGCAGUGAGAAAUGGAGUGGGUUGGAAUCUUGGCUUUGUCAUUUACUUACUGUGUCAUCUUAGGUAAGCCACUUUGUCUCUUCAGGCGUCAGCCACUUUAUCUUUAAAAUGAAGAGGUUGGGAGCACUUGGAUGGUGCAGUGGAUUGAAGCACUGACCCUGAAGUCUGGAGGACCCGAGUUCAAAUGUGGCCUCAGACACUUACUAGUUGUGUGAUCCUGGGCAAGCCACUUAAGCCCAAUUGCCUCUCUGAAAAAAAAGGAAGAAGAAAAAGAAAUAAAAAAUAAAAUGAAGAGGUUGGAUGAGAUAACUCUGAGAUACCUUCAGCCUCUGAAUACGUGAUGUUAUAAAGCUUUGUGGAGGAGCUGGUCAGUGAAAAGGUUGGAGGAGCUGAAGGGACCAAGCUUGAUGAUGACUUCAAAGAAAUGGAGAAGAAAGUGGAUGUUACCAGCAAGGCUGUGGCAGAGGUGUUGGCGAGAACCAUUGAGUACCUUCAGCCCAACCCAGCCUCCCGAGCCAAGCUGACAAUGCUCAACACUGUGUCAAAGAUAAGAGGGCAGGUGAAGAAUCCUGGCUAUCCACAGUCUGAAGGGCUCUUGGGCGAGUGCAUGAUUCGCUAUGGAAAGGAGCUAGGAGAUGAGUCCAACUUUGGUGAUGCCCUUUUGGAUGCUGGUGAAUCAAUGAAGCGAUUGGCAGAAGUGAAGGAUUCUCUGGACAUAGAAGUCAAACAGAAUUUUAUUGAUCCCCUCCAGAAUCUCUGUGAUAAAGACCUGAAGGAGAUCCAGCACCAUCUGAAAAAGCUAGAGGGGAGGCGCCUGGACUUUGACUAUAAGAAGAAGCGCCAGGGGAAGAUAGCAGAUGAGGAGCUUCGUCAGGCCAUGGAGAAGUUUGAGGAGUCCAAGGAAGUGGCUGAGACCAGCAUGCACAACCUCUUAGAGACGGACAUUGAACAGGUGAGCCAGCUUUCAGCCCUGGUGGAUGCCCAGCUGGAUUACCAUAGGCAGGCAGUACAGAUCCUGGAUGAGCUGGCUGACAAGCUGAAGCGCAGGAUGCGGGAAGCCUCUUCCCGCCCCAAGCGGGAAUACAAGCCAAAGCCUAGAGAUUCCUAUGACUUUGGAGAGCCUGACCAGUCCAAUGGAGGUUUCCCUUGUGCCCCCGCCCCCAAGAUCACAGCAGCUUCUUCCUCUUUCCGAUCCUCUGACAAGCCCAUCCGGACCCCCAUCAGGAGUAUGCCACCUCUGGACCAGCCCAGCUGCAAGGCCCUGUAUGAUUUUGAGCCUGAGAAUGAUGGGGAACUGGGCUUCCGAGAGGGCGACAUCAUCACACUGACCAAUCAGAUUGAUGAAAACUGGUACGAAGGCAUGAUCAACGGCCAGUCGGGCUUCUUCCCCCUCAACUAUGUGGAGGUGCUGGUCCCACUACCUCAGUGAAAUGGCUGCUCUCCACACCUCCUUCCCUGCCCUCCCUUCCUCCUCCCUUUUCCUGUUCCUCUCCCUAAUGAGGAAGGCCAGGCCUGAUCUCCUGCAUUCCAUUUUGUUCCUGGUGACAUCCGUCUCUCACUGGAAGAUAAGUGGGAUAGUAUUAACCUUGCCCAUGCCAGAAGGGUGUCAGAUUAUCUGGACUGGGUGUCCCCUCAACUCCAUCCUUUCCAUGGAUUUGAUACUUCCUGAGAGACCUCAAGGAGCUUGCUGCCUCCUCCCCUCCCCUUGCCCCAGUCCCUUUGGCAAAGGUUCAGGCAGCAAAGCCCCUUAGUCCUGAUCCCUGUGUCAGGCUCAGCUUGCCCUGAGAAGACUAAGUGGUGGAUGCUACCUAGUUGAGUUACAAGUUGAGUAUAGGCAAAGAAGGAUGAGCCAGUAAGUUUUAAUCAGUGUAGGGGGUCUUGUGGUGUUUAUGGUGAUGGAAGUGGAGAAACACAGUUUGUUUAAAUCACCUAAGUUUACAUAAGACACUAGUGACUACCCAAGUUAUUUUUGGUGGGGAGGGGAGUAUCCUCUCUUCUUCCACCUUUUACCCCCAUCAUCCAUCUCCAGACUGUCCCUUCUUCAUUCACUUGCUGCUUCUGAGGGGCCUGGGUGGAUCGAAGUCAUUUACUCAACUGACUCCACUAGCCAUGCUCCCCCUCUCAGCCAGUCCCUCAACUUGGUUGGGACUGGACUUGGCUGGGGGCUCCCAUGCAAAGGGGUAACACUAAGGUGCUCUUUGAAACACUAAGCUUCCUCUCUAAAUGCUUCCUUGCCUGAGCAGCCAUCGCUCCCCUGCUCUGGCCCCCUACCAAGGAACUUUCAAAGGCUAUCUCUGUCUUUUGAGGGUGACCUGGUUCUUUGGUCCAUAGCCAUAGAUAUUCUCAACCUCUCACCCGAGGCCCUAGCUAUCACUUGUUCUCAUUCCUUAAGAUCCUCAAGUUGACUUGGAAGAUUCUGCCCCUUCUCUGAACCAAGACUAGGAAAAAGUCCUGCAGGGCUAAACUAAAGCAGUAGCAAGUGUAGGAUCUGUGACCACAACCAGGAACCUCCUCAGAAGUGUUCGGAGUGGUCUUUAAGGAAUGGAGGAAUGUCAUGGAGACCAUUCCCUCUAUUCUCUUCUUCCCCUGCUGGUCUAAGUAGUUCUUUUCUGCUGGCUGUGGCCAAAGGUUGGCAGCCGAGUCCUGGGCCACAGGACCUUGGAGGACCGAGCACUGAAGCCCAGGAAAGCCAACCCCCUCACCCUGUGAGUGCCCCUAGUGUGCCUUGCUUGCUUGCAGCCUCCUCCUGGGAGGUGUUACCUGUUAUGACUUGGGCUGGGGUCGGGGACUAUCCCUGUAGGUAUCAGCCAGGUCCCUCUUGAGGUCAUGGCCCUGUUGCCUCAGGUUCUGCUGCCUUAACUGGCUGAAAUAAGAAAUUUGGUGUUUCCAUUCUCUUUCUUUCUUCCCUUCCUUCCUUCUUCCUUCUCUCCCCCUGCCUCUUUCCACAUUGUCUUUCCUUCCCCUUUUCCUUUCCUUUCUCUUCCUUCUCCCACUCUUCUCUUUCUCUCUUAUAAGCAGAAGCUAAUGUAUAACAGUGUGGGCCAGGCUUUGGAGACUUAACUAUAGUAUGGUGAUUUUUAAGUGGAAGUAAGAGGCAAUUUGUACCCAGAGGCCUGGCUUUCAAAUUCUCCUCAGAUUUGUGCCCUGAUUCCAGAAUCCCCAGGCUCGGCCACAGCCCAUUGCAGGCAAUGGGUCCCAGAUCCCUUUAGCACGAUCCCCUUGUGGCUUCUCUGACCACAGAACAGCAGCUUUGCCUAGAUACCAGCUCCUUGAGAACCUGAAGAUCAGCCAGGAGCCAGAGGACUCCCCUGGUACCCCAGGACCAGCUGUGAGGGGAGAGGUGGGGAAUAGCCACUGGGGGCUAAGCCCUGAGAGCGAGCCACAAGCACAGAAAGAAAAGCAUUGCCCAGUGCCCCCUGCCCCUGCACCUCCUCCGGCAGCACUUCUGCCCCGUGAUGUCUCCUCAGCCUCAUACUCUUACAAAAACACAAGAGUUAUUGCCUCCUUUGCAGACACUGCCUCCUCUUUGCUCCUCUUAUUGGCAGUGUGACAGAUACAGAAAGCAAUGUAUCCUUUUAACUUUUCUUUUUAAUUGAGCAUGUUGAUGUAUGUUUGUUACUCACAUGGCAGCUGCUGUUACGUUGGCACUGCCAGGGUCCUCCUUCCCCAAAAAACAAAACAUGGGACCACCAGGAGCCAGCAGGGGUUCCUGCCUCUGUGGCUUGCCAAAUUCCCGACAAGCCAGCCUCCUCCUCUGAAGGGUUAAGCACAAAGUCUGAUGAACUGAAUCCUCCCUGAGAAACCUGCCGGACUCGGCUGUGGCAUCUCUUCCCUGUUCUCUCCUUCGUGAUCUGUGUCGGACUCCCCUCUCCCUUUGUCCUGUCUCCUGCCCCCACUCCCCUUAACUGGUGCGGAGCUGUCAGAGCUGGGACCUGGCUUCCCACCCAUUGGGCUUUUGCCCUCCUUGCCCUGUACCAACUGGAGGCUGGUCCCCAGGGUGCUGAAGGCUUCUGGGCCCGCUCCAGGAACAGCAAUAUGAAACGGCUUUACAGUAAUGCUAGUAUCUCCGCAGCCCAUGCCUGGGGCCCAAUGGUGCCGCCCAGGCCUCCACAAGUCUUUUGUUGGCUUCUAUCCACUCAGUUCUAGAUCUGAGUAUGAAAAGGAGAGGAUGGAGGUAUAGAUUAGCCAUGUCAUCAUCAUUCCCAUAGGAGCCACCAUUAUGUUCAUUUGGGGGGAGGUAGGGGAGCAGGGUGUCUUCAGAUGAUCAAUAUAACUUUUGUUACAGUUUCUCCUUUGUCUAGGGCAAAUUGAAUUGUAAUCUUGAUUUAAAAAGUAUUAAAUGUUUUCUCUUUCUA